CGGGUAGUCCACCAUGGCCGGCAAGUCCCACGUUGACGAUUCCGUGAUAGAGCGUCGACUCCGGCCUAUUUACGAAUGGUUGGACACAGGCACCAACAAGAAGGCCGUUCAGGAGGCCGACAAAGUUCUCCGCAAACAGCCCUCCCUGCACUGUGCCCGGGUCUUGAAGGGCCUGGCACUGUUACGCAUGGGGCGACGCGGGGAGUGCCAGGACUUGGUGGCGGCCGUGGUUAAGGAGGGGCCCACCGAUGAGGCUACGUUGCAGGCACUCACCAUAUGCUACAGGGAAAUGCACAUGCCCGAGGAGAUCUGCCGCGUGUACGAGGCGGCCGUGAGGUGCGAGCCGGGCAACGAGGAGCUGCUAUCCCACCUGUUUAUGGCAUAUGUCCGUGUGGGUGACUACAGGAGCCAGCAGCAGACCGCAAUGAGGCUGUACAAGCUGAGGCCCAAGAACCCUUACUACUUUUGGGCCGUCAUGAGCCAUGUUAUGCAGGGUCACAAGUCCGCCGACCCCAAAGGCAAGGAGGUCAGUCUUUUGCUAGCUGAACGGAUGGUCAACAACUUCGUCAAGAACGGCAAGAUUGAGGCGGAAGCGGAAGUGAUGACCUACCUGCACAUACUGGAGACUCAGGGCAAAUUCAAGGACGCCAUCGCGGUGCUUGACAGUCCGCUUGCAGCCAAGGUCAUCCACCAGCCGGAGAACUUCCUCGCUUUAAAACGCGGAUCCUACCACGCGCGUUUGGGGGAGUGGGCGGCGGCGGCGGGGGUCUACCGCACCCUAAUCACCCAGGAGCCUGAUAAUUGGCAACACUACAUCGUAUACAUCAAAUCAAUCAUCAACUUGUCCGAGGAAACUGAUACCAGAGAAGGAGGAGGAGGAGGAGGAGGAGGAGGAGGAGAGCAGCCCCCUCCGACCCCCCCUCCCCCUACACCCCCCUCACCAGCGGCAGAUCCUUUGAAAGAAGCCUCGGAGUUUUUGAGCGACAUGCGAAAAAGUGCGAUUGAGGGAAAUGGGAAGGAGCGCGGCCCCCUCCUUGGCCCUCUGCAGCUGGCCAAGGCACUGACGGACUCUGGCAGGGCCGCGAGGGUGCCGGAUCUGUGUGGCGACAUCAAUGACCUCCUCCUUCUGUACAUCGAGAAGUAUGGCGACAAGAUGUGUUGCCACGGAGAUAUCGUCAAUUUUCUUCCGCUGGUGCCGAGAGAGAGAGUGCCAGCCCUCCUCUCUGCUGUCGACCGCAUGUGUGCCCGCGAUGUCAGUGGAGCACCUGUGGACGUUGAGGCAGUGUACCGUGACCUGUGCUUCCACCAGCUGAGGCGGGCGCUGGGGGGUCAGGAGGAGCUCACUCCCCCCCAGCACCAGGCCUUCGCUGACUCCCUGGUCCGGCUGUACCGCGCCACGCAGCACCUCGCUGAGCACACGGCAGACACGGACAUCAGGCCCGGCGACGCAUACUUAAUCCUCGCCACACACAGCUACCUCACCGCAAUCACCACCACCACCACCACCACCACAGGGGAAGGGGGGGGUGCGGGUGGUCCAGGGGGGAGCGUCGACCCCCAGAGCUUAAUCCUCCGAGUGGCAGCCAUAUUGGAAGCUGGGAUUGAGCAGACGAAGGCCAAUUUCCAGCUUAAGCUUCUGUUGAUUAAAGUUUAUAAUAUGCUGGGUGCGAGCGGGGCAGCGCGGGGCAUCUACGAGCGCUGUGACAUGAAGCACAUACAACUGGACACGUUGGGACACGUUUUUGGGCUACAGGCGCUGGACUCCGGAAGCUACGCAGCGGCUGGCUCGGUUUUUGCGGCGACGCUGAAAUUCUUCAUGGCUAACUAUAAGGAUACAUCGGACCCCCUAAUCUCCUCUUAUAAAUACGGAUCGCUCACAAGAAUCCCAGAGUUCGUGGAGUUCCGAGAGCGGCUGUCCCACUCCCUCCACUUCGCCUCCACCACGGCGGAGCAGAUGUUGAUGGAGCUGACCACCGAGGUCGCCAGUCACAACCAGCUGGGUGACCUGAUGCGUCAACUGGACAUCAACCCGGCUACCGACACCACCGACUGGGCCGCCCUGAGGGACAACCGGGACCUCAGGGUCAUGAACACCUGGGAGCCUCUGCACAGGCACCUGACGGAAGAGGACAUUGCCGGCUCCGUCGCAGCGGACACAGCCCUUCUGCGGCUCCGUAACCUGACCCUAAGGCUGCUCGGAGGGGCAUGCGCGCUUUGUCAAAAUUCUCCGGUUAACAAUAACAUGAGGGAAAAUAAGGAGAACAGCGAGUGCGUCAACGGAGAGAGCGGAGGACUUGGUGGAGAGGCGGGCGGAGUUUUUGACGACUUGACGGCGCGGUUGACCAAGGAGGCUCAGGCAGCGACCCUAACCUAUGGCAAUGUUGACCCCCCUCAGCUCCCCCUCCAGGGCCCCGACCCCCCCAGAAUCUACCUCUACGCUUCUGGCGCGUACAUGAACCUUCUCAUCCAACACGCACAUGUCCUCCAGCGCGUACACAGAUACGCACGGGAGCCCUCAGAUCCACACACCCAGGAAACGGGAGAAACACUGAAAAAAACACGGGAAAUCACGGACUCGGCCUUCCAGCUCCACCACGAGGCUCUCCAGGAUAUCCAAACACCUCCAAACGUGACUCCAAACACCAAUACCCGCGCCCUCGCUAGACUCCACCAUCUGUGCCAAACGGUGGGGGCCGCGUGUGUCUUCCUGGGGUGUGCCGUGUGCCUGCUCCGCCCCCUCAAGCAGCAGGCAGCCAAGCGGAAUAAGAAGCGGAAGGAGAGUGUGGCUAUGCCGGAGGUAAUCACGGAGGUAUCUUCCUACCUUUCCUCCAUAACGGGUCACCUGCAGAAAUUGGAGGAAGAAUUAGAGAAAAAACACAAAGCUAUUUCUACUAUUUCUACUACUACUACUACUACUACUACUACUACUACUACUACUGAUACUACUACUACUGAUACUUCUACCCCCUCCUCCUCUUCCUCCUCCUCCUCCUCCUCCUUAGUGAGCGAGGAAGAGGCCAAGCUUGUGUUAGAGCGAGUUAGAGAGAGUCUCGCUCAAAGCUUGGAAAGGCUCUCGCUCUCUCUCUCCUGUAAAGUGAAAUAUCUCUCCUCUCUCAAGCUUUAAUGUGAGAUAGUGAGAUAGUGAGAGAGAGAGAGAGAGAGAGAGAGAGAGAGU